AUGGAGAGUCAUGAAGUAAACGAGAUGGAAACAGCCGAUCCGGAUUGGGAAGAUACGGACAAAGCACGAAAAAAGUACUAUUUGAAAGAUUUUUCAGAGGACUUUAUGCGUAAUGUUGUUGAAUAUGUUGACGAGACCAGAAAAUCUAGUGCCAAACGUCGUCGUUCGCGGAAAUCAAUUCACCAUGAUUUAGAACUAUUCCCGAUCAGUCCUACAUCCGUAUGUUUCGGAAAUAUUAGUUGA